UAACCUCACUCUUUGGUGUUGUGAUUUUGAAUGUCAGACUAGCACAUGUUGAAAAACUGUAAAUAAUUAUGGGCAAAUUCAGAAGUAAAUUGAAAGGAGGGCCUAAGGGCAAACGAUGGACUAAGGGGCAAAGUUCCAGUUCAAAUCCGGAAACGCACAAACACAGGGAUCUAGCCAAAUCGCGAUUUUUUAAGGAAAACUUGGGUAAGCUCCGAACCUCUCGAUUAACGUACUAUGAAACGUUUUCAGGUGGCAAUUUAACAACGGACGCUUUACAUAAGCAUGACGCUUUACAGGCAAGUUCCAAUGAGCAAUUCGACAGCGAAUCGGAGGCAGCGUCGUCUGUCGGAUCUUCGAGUUAUCAAACGAUGGAUUCCUUUGCGUCCGAAUGGUCUAGCUGUAGUAACAUGUCGUUUAAGCGAUUUUUUAGUAUAUUUCGUGCAAACUCGCCGCUACAUAAGGAAAUGCUGGCUGUGCUAGCCGCCGUAACGGAGGUUAUCAAGGAAAAGAAUGGAAGUGAAUCGCCUACGGAAUACUACGGUUCACUUGUUAUCGCCUUGGAGCAAGUUAUGUCGCACGAUCCGAUUAACGAGGACCAAGUCACUGCGAUUUUAGCCUUGCUUAAUAUGGGAAUACGAACGGUACCGGAGGGCGUUCUGCGUACGAGCUUCGACGAUGUUUGCAAGAAACUGAUUGUUCUUUUAAAUAAGUUUUCGAAUGCGGAUAAUAACGUAGUUUUGAAAUCGAUUUUCGGUAUACUGACCACACUCUUGGUCGCUCAAGAUCAGGCCGUUUGGUCUUUGUCGUCCACUUUGCAGAUUUUUGGAAUUAUCUUAAAUCCUUUUUGUGUCCAUCAUAAACCGAAGUGGAGAAAGCCUGCCCAAAAUGCGGUCAUUGUAAUCACUAAGGCCAAGUGUUUUGAAAAUUCAGUUACAAAUCCGGCCGGUAAUAAGGUGGCCGAAUUCUGCAGGGAAUUGCUAGAGGAGUGUUUGAAGAGUAACUCCUCGAUUAAAUCGAGUCGAACGACGAUCCUUCACGUGUUAGGUUUAAUGAAGGACACCAUUGCCACUUACUCCAAAGCACACAUGAAGAAAUCGUGCGAGUUGAUUUUACAGUUAAUAACAUUGAACUAUCCGAUGGUGACGUCGUGCGGCUUACAAGUACUGCAUUCCUUGUUAUCGCAACAAAAAGCAGUGGUGCCGGCCAAGUUAAAUGGUCAACUUAUAUCUGCGCUCUACGAGUACCAGCCGUCUGCAACGGAUGUGCAACCUACGCUCGCUUGGGUGGCCGUAAUGCAACAGGCCCACAUACAUUUAGCCGACGUUGAGUUGUCAGUCGCGUGCGCCGCCUUGCCGAAGAUCUUCGGCACCCUUUCACAACUAUGGCUUUCGGAGAAAAAAGAGGUGACCACUGCGGUUACGCACGCUUUCGAGGCGCUCCUGCGGGAUGCCAUCGCACCAUUGUGUGACAGCGAGGAGUUAGUCGAUCAGCACUUGGGGAAAUUGGAGAAGUGCUUCAAUGAGGUCGAAUUAGGGCUGGGAUAUCAGUACAAUAUGAUUUGGAAUCAAGUUUUGCAUGUCAUUGCAGUUAUGUUUGAGGUUGGCGGUAAACACGCGGGUAAGCUGAUGCUGGAAUGCUUGAAACACCUGGCAGAAUUGAGAGACUCCUAUAAAUUCAGUUACAAUAACGAACUUGAAAAUGCGGUCGGUGCUGCUGUGAAGUCCAUGGGCCCUGAAAUUGUUUUAAGCAUAAUCAGUCUAACAAAAGAAAAUGGCGAAAUAAACAUAGACAGAUCCUGGCUGCUUCCCGUUUUAAAAGAGAGCAUCAAAACGGCCACCAUCGAGUUUUGGGUAAAAUCUUUGCUACCGUUAGCAAUGUCAUGUCACCAAUACUCGAUUCAAUUAACCGCACAAAAUGAGGGCAUUAACGCUCACGUUUACGAACUGCUCUACAUACAGCUGUGGAGCUUAUUGCCGAACUUUUGUAACAGUCCCACGGACAUCCAGACCAACUUUAAGACGAUUGCCAAAGUUCUGGGUACGGGAAUUACGAACCACAAAGACGUCCGGCUUUCGAUCCUGGCGGCCCUGCGCCGACUGAUCGCCUUUGCUAAGGAGGCCGACAGGGAGGAGGAUUUAAAUGAAAUCGCUAGGUUUGACAAGAACUACCUGCCGCUUCUCUUCAACUUUUACACGACUAAGGCGAGAGAUGGCGAGGAGGAAGGGCACAGAUUGGCAGCACUGGAAACUAUUAGGGUGUACCUUAGCAUUAGUAAACCGGACCUGACCCAGCAAUUAUUUGCAAACGCUCUGGACCGUUUAAAGUCCAUUGAAGGUACCGAACCUGAUGACCUGUACGUAAAAGACGGCAUCUUAGAUAUCGUGAGAGAGCUUGUGCCGUAUCAAAAUGUCGAAUCCAUUGAGAGACUGUACGAACAGUGCAUAAAGGGCAUUCCGAAGAUGAGCAAUAAAAAGGAGCAAAAGAAGGCGUUUAGGUUACUCGAGGAAAUUUUGGAGAAUGACUCGGACCACUGCAAAAACUUCUUCAAGAAGAACAAGAAGCCCGUACAAAAAUUGCUAACGAAAAGUAUGGCGAAAGCGGCGUUAAUAAGUAAGGCGACGCGACUUAGUUGCUUGAACAAUCUGAUAAGGGCGCAACCGUCGCUGACUCACGAAAGUUUGUUGAUCCGCUCGGUUAUCCCCGAAGCGGUCUUAUGUUGCAAGGAUGCGAAUGGGAAGUGCAGAAGUACAGCUUAUGCCACCUUAAAUACGAUUGGCGACACGUUAGCCAAGCACAAUCAGUUGCAGGAGUAUUUGAAUAUGAUUGCGGCUGGACUUGCUGGUUCGGUUGAGAUUAUGAGCGCGACUCUGCUAGCGCUAGCUUCGGUUUUACAUAAUUUUUCAGGUGCAUUAGGAAACGAAAACAUUCAGUUUCUUCUGGAAAAUGUUGGGAGUAUAAUUUCAUCACCCUCACGUGAAGUUGUGGGUCCCUGUCUAAGCUUUCUGAAACUUUACUGUACGUCUUUACCAAGUCCUUUAGUUGCAUCGUCUCUACCUAACAUUGUAAAAUACAUAUGUAGCAUGACCGACGACUGUAAACGAAAUUUUCGAUUGAAAAUACGCGACAUAUUGGAUCGGAUCGUUAGAAAAUACGGAUGCGAUGCAAUUACCCCCUACGUCCCCGCAAGUGAUACCGUCAUUUUGAAAAAAUUGCGAAACUUGCGCAAAUUAAACGCGCGCAAGAAACGCCAAAAAGACGCUAAACGUGACCAAUCCGAAAGUGAAGAUGAAGAGUUUACCGUUAAGGCUAAACCGAAAAGUAUUGAGGAAAUCCUGGCCGAUUCUGAUUUGGAGGAUUCAGACACUAAUGACGAGCCUAAGCAGAACAAGAAGCAGAGAAGUACUUGGAUUCGGGAGGACGCUGAUACGAUUGUCGACUUCAAUGAUCCGGCAGCCGUUAGUAAAAUUACAGCCACAAAACCGUCGGCAUCAAAUUCGACUACAAUCGAGAAAAAGUCCAAGAAGAAUCGUGGUUUUAAAACUGCUCCGGACGGACGUUUGAUAAUAAAAGACUUGGAUUUCGACAGCGAUUCGGAUUCUGAUAAAACCAAAGCGAAACAGUUUAGUAAAAUGAAGCUGGAAGAUUCGGAUUCAGAGGAAGAACCUAGCGCGCCCAAAACGAAUAGAAAACGUAAAAGAUCUGAAGCUGGAAGUGUUAAAAGCGGAUUCAGUAGUCAUCCUCCAAUGAAGUAUCAGGCUGGAGGUUCCGGAAUUCACAGACCUGUUCAGAAACAACCGGGCUCGGAGUAUAAGGCGAAAAAGGCGAGUGGUGACGUGAAACGGAAAGGAAAAUUGGAUCCAUACAUGUACCUUCCAUUGCAACGCAGCGCUCUCAACAAAAGGAAAAAGGCGAAGAUGACUGGACAGUUUAAAAAUAUAAACAAGGCUGCGAAAAGUGGUGCACUGAAAGGUGCGAAGGUUAGGCGUUUAAAACAAAAGAAAAAGUAACUUCGUUAUGCGCUUUCUAAAUUUAUGCCUGUUACACUUUUUAAAUUAAAACAGUAUUGACUGAA